AUGCUUAUCAGCCUAGGUACGCUAUCGCUUCUCACACAGACCCGAUAUGUGGUUCAUCUGUCAGAUGGGAAGCGCCUGGUUCUGUUUCGCCUACCAGCGAUCGAUACGUCGACACGCAAGGCCAACGAAACCUACAAUGGAUGGUCCUAUUAUGCCAUGGAGGCCGAAUGUCCUCACGCGGGAGGCCCAAUGGCGGAAUCAUCUGUCGAUAUUGAAGACUCGGCUUAUGUUGUCUCGUGCCCUUGGCACGCAUACGACUUUAACGUAGAGACAGGCGAGUCUAGUGUGGGAAUCAAAGCGUGCACGUUUCCCAUCAAAAUCCGAGGCGAGGAGGUGAUGUUGGAGUACCCAUCAGAAACUAUAAAUACUAUAAAGAUCGCGAGGAUAGAACCUGUCAGUGAAAAAGUGGAGUUGAAACGAUAUGCGAGCUCAGCUUCUAUCCUGGAGAACACACCCGGGGCCCGAUACCUGGAUGAUAACGCGUCUGUGUGUGAGUGGGCGGCACAUAUUUUAAACACAGCAAACCCGGAGCAGAAGAUCGAUCUUACCACACGGCUAUUUUCGCUCUUUGUGGCUAGAGAGGCAUCACCAUCACCCAUGAAUCUAGGGCGAGGAAUCGCUACUCCUCCUGACCAACCACCACGAGAGAGCCUUGUGGAAGUCCAACCAUGGGAUGCCCCGAAGACAGGGAGGGCUGGUUCUGCAAAAAGUAGAAUUGCUAUGCUACAUGCCCUAGCUAAUAUCGAACUGUGGGCCAUUGAUCUCGCCAUCGACAUUUGCGUGCGGUUUGCCAUGUUUCGAACUGAAGGGAAUAAAAAAGAGCUGCCACGGGCUUUCUUUCAUGACUGGCUGAAAGUAGCUAGUGAUGAAGCAAAGCACUUUUCUCUACUUCGUACCAGAAUUGAACAAAUGGGCUCUUACUUUGGUGCGCUUCCUGUGCAUCACGGCCUCUGGCUCUCGGCAACGGAAACGGCCUAUAACCUCAGGUCCCGGAUCAGCAUUAUCGCCCUUGUACAUGAGGCCCGUGGUCUUGAUGUUAAUCCAAUGACAAUUGAAAAAUUUCGCAAGGCCGGUGAUAAACAGAGCGUUCCCGUGUUAGAGAUCAUUCAUAACGACGAAAUCACGCAUGUAACCACGGGUCAUCGGUGGCUUACCUGGAUUUGUGAGCAAGAAGGGACUGACCCUGUUCAAGUUUUUCGAAAUAACGUUCAAAAACAUUUCAGGGGCCCGAUAAGAGGGCCUUUCAAUGAGGAGGCUCGGAUGCAGGCCGGCAUGGACCGUCGGUGGUACGACAACCAUGGUGCCCACGGGGAUAUGGCAGUGGCUUCAUAG